AUGAAAACGCACGCGGACCAUCGCAAAAACAAUAAAGACAGAAAGAAAAAAAAAAAAAAAAAGAGAAGCGAAUAUGUGGAUGUGAGCUACUCAAAUAAAAGCAAAGUUAAUAUUAAGAAUAUAAAAACGUUAUAUAGUAUAUUUUCUUAUACGGAUAAAAAUACCAAUUACCAAGAUGAGGAAGAAGAGAAUGAUAUAUUUGCAAAUAAUAUACUAAAACGACAUGCAAGAAGAAAUAGUAAAAGCUUGUAUUACAACAAUGGUAAGGAAACUAUAUUAAACAAAAUAAAUUAUAAUAAUUUAAGCUCUUUUAUUAAUAACGAUAUAUAUAAUAAUUGCAACAGGGAAAUAUUAAGUGACACAGAAAGAGAAAUUGAUCUAGUUUUUAAUAGUAACAUCGAUUUAUAUCAUAGCGAUAAGAAUCCAUCGAAUGAUACUCCUUUUUUUAAUAACGGAAAGGGUGUGCUAAAAGAUAAAAGUAUUUAUGAUCAAAGGAAAGAGAGCAUACUAAAUGGAGGGAACAGGUUCAGCCAAAUUUUGUAUUUCGAAAAUGUGGAAGGCUAUAAGGCAUUUAACAGUAACAGUGGAAAAAACUGUAGCAUUGGGAGAGGCAUUAAGGACAACAUUGGGAGGAGUAUUAAACGCAGAAGUAACAGCAGUAGAAAGGGUAACCGUGCUGUAAAUGAAACUUACAAGACGGAUGAAGAAAGAAUAUGGGAUGCCUUGGACUAUCCAUUUGUUGGUAGUGGUACGCGUGGGAAAGAUAAAGAGAAAGAGAAAGAAGGUAAAUUAUGUAAAAAAAGCAGUGUGCAGGAAAAUUGUUCACACAAUAUUUUUCCUCAGCAUAGUUUUUUUCAUUUUUCGGAUGAACCAUUAAGUAACGAGUACGAGUCAGAGUUUGGAGAGUCGUUUCGGAAAAACAGCUUUGAGGGGACCCAUAAGGUACAAGAUAGUGAUAUGUACCCAUAUUUUGAUAUUUUAAGUCUCGAUUCUAAUAGUGGUAGAAAAAAAUCUGCAAUUUUGCAUGACUUUGAUCAGGCGAAAAAUGAAAAUAGUAAAGAUAUUGAGUUUUUCCCUGUAGACUCAUGGGAAAAAAUAGACAUCAUAAAACUAAACGAAGCAAACCAUUUUAAUAACGUAUUGAGUGACUGUUCAGAAAUAAAAACAAGCGAGGAUGAAAAAAUAGAUGUAAUAAUCAAAGCAGGAGUAAAUGACAAAUAUUAUAUACAUGAGGAGGAAAAUUUAAAGGAGUUCAAUGAAUUUCAAGUUAAAAGUAAUGUUGAAAUAUCAAAGGAGAAAGAAAAGGAAAAUGAUGAAAACGUUUUUUCUAGUUAUGUUUUUCUCGAACAAUUAAAUGAGGACUUACUACUGUCCGACUUGGCAAGUGGUAGAAGAAAAGGAGUGGAUGUUCAUUUCUACCAUGAUAACUUAAAAGAUGACAAGGGAAUUAAUACAAAAGACUACAUACCUUCUGUAAAUAUAAAAGAAAAGGAUGAAGAGGGGAAGCAAAAAAAAGGUAUAUCUAUUUCAAGUGAAAUAUACUAUAAUGAAAAAGAAUAUAACUCUCUUCCAAUCAGUACUGAAGAGGAUCAUUGGAAGGACCAAAAGUUAGAUGCAUUCUUUUUUGAAAAUGAAGCGAAGGACUCGAUUCUCUUGGAUCCUAUAACGGACAGGAAAAUAAAAAAAAAGGGUAUGAAAAUGAGAAGUGAAGCAGGAUUGGAAGCGGGAUGGGAAAAAUCAAGUAUAUUUUUUGAAAAAUUUUCAAAAAAUGUAAGUGUUCCUUCCAACCGAGUGUCUGCCUGCCCAAUUAGGAAUAACGAAAUCGAUGAAAAAAAAAAAAAUAAAAAAAAUAAAAAUAAUAAUAAUAGUAGUAGUUAUAAUAAUAAUAGUAGUAGUUAUAACAAUAAUAGUAGUAGUUAUAACAAUAAUAGUAGUAGUUAUAACAAUAAUAGUAGUAGUUAUAAUAAUAAUAGUAGUAGUUAUAACAAUAAUAGUAGUAGUUAUAACAAUAAUAGUAGUAGUUAUAACAAUAAUAGUAGUAGUUAUAAUAAUAAUAACACCAUGAAUGAUGUUUAUAAAUCUAAUUAUGACGAUGUCAACUUGGUAAAUAGUACAGAAUGUGCAUUAUACAAUAGCAAGCUUUGUUCCCCUAGUAGUACUUUCAACCAUUGGGACAACUGUACCAACAUGAUGACUUAUACCCCUGUCAAUAUUGCACAUAACGAUGUGAGUUUUGGAAGCAUUGGUAGUGAAAAGAUGAACCUUUUCCACUUAAACGUUAAUGAUGUAAAAGAAGACUAUUUUGAAGAGGUAUUUUUACAUGAAGGGGAGAUGAAUAGUCAUACUGUAUGCACUCAUGAUGAUUUGUUUUCAUAUGAAGAGAAAGGAGUUAGUUCAGAUAUCGACAUUAAUAUAGGGGCUAAUAAUUCUAAGGAAACAGAUACAAAGGGGAGUUUAUUCUCUUCAGAACAAACCCUUUUUGAUGAUAAAAUGGUAAUAAAUAUGGACUGUUUAAAGAAACAUAUGAACGAUUUCUUCAUUUUUGACCAUAACCAAAGUAUAGAUAGCACAAAUGGUUUGGACAAAAGUAUGUACGAUGUGAAUGCUGAUAAAAAGAAAGCUGCAAAUGGAAAGAUAACACCAUUUACCGAGUUAACGUCUUUGAAUGAUAACUUCUUUUUUCCAUUGGAAGGACUUAAAGAAGAAAAGGACGCUUUCACCUCUAUCACUGAGUCAUUUGGACAAAUGCAAUUCCAGCACAGUGCAUUAGAUGAGGGGGUAGGAAAAAGAGAGCAGUACCCCCAUAAUGUGCACGAUGGAGCAUUUAAAGAGGGGAAGCAAUCAGAGUGGCAAACAGAGCAACACACAGAUCGGCAUAUAGAGCAACAAACAAAUCCAGCGGAUGUCGAAAUCCACCUGGACGAAGUGCACUGUAGUCCCAUCCACAGUGAUAUCUUUUCUUUUCUUCAAGAAGGGGAAGAAGUACGCAUGGACGGAGUGGUAGAAGAGAAAAAAGAGAUGCAAAUGCGUUUUAUCUCAAGGACAAAUAGAAAUAGCAUUGUUAUGGAAAAGGAAAAGAACGAUGAUGAGGAUAUAGUAAAACAGAGUUUACAGAAAGGAAUAGAAUGUAAGGACGGUACUUAUAUGUGUCUAAAUAAUGUAGAUCAUUAUAUGAAGAGAAAUCACACGGAACUUGGAACAGACUGUGAGAGUAACGCUUUUUUAGAAAUAAUAGAAGAGAUAGAAAAUAUCAGUAAAGACAUAAUUGGAAAUAACAUGAACGAUGAAAUAUUUUUUGAAAAUGAAACAGGAAAUUUUAGCAGUUGUAUAAGUAUUGAUGCAGAAAAGGACAACUGUAACGAGGAAAGAGUGUUAAGGGAUGAGUUAAGGGGUACACUAUAUGUGAAUAGAUGCAUGAGUAAUAGUAGUAGUUAUCAGUUUAAAAAAACAGAGAAUGCCUCUUCCAAUGAGAUACACCUCAGUGACAAACGGUAUGAUGAUAUACACCUAUAUUUUGACCAUUUGAAUAAACUUAAUAGAAGAAGUAUUACGGGGGAAGCCGAGAAUUCCUUAGAUAAGGGAAAGAAACCAAAUAUAGAGAUACAUACGGUAAAUAAGAAGCAAGGUAGUACUACUAGUAAAUGGGAAAAAAUAGAUAGAAAAGCACAUGUUGAUGGAAUGAUAAAGAUGAAUAACCAAGUUGAUUAUAAAAAUAGGAGUGUUAAUUUUGAUUCCUUUUUUUUGAAUCAAAAGAAGAAAACAGAGGAGGGACGACUUCACAUCAAGUCGAAUAUACUACCUAACGAACAAGAAUUAAAAUUCUAUGAAUCUAUUUACAAUAUACUUAUGAACAAAGAGUAUAUAGAAUCAUUUCGUGUAAUAGAAGAGAACGCAGAUUCAAACUGUAGAGAUAUAGAUAUUUUUAAUUUUCAAAUAUAUUUAAAAAGAGUAAAGAAUAUUAUGAAAAGAGGUUUUAUCGAUAUGUAUGAUUAUACAGACUAUACACAUAUACUUAUAGAUGAUAUAUUUUAUAUGAAUAUAAAAGAAUUUUUCCUUUUCAAUAUAUACAUAGUAAAUAUAAAUAAAUGUAUAAACAGAAAGAAUGUUCUAAUUAAUAAUAUUAGCAAUACUCAUAAUUUUAUCAACGAUUUUUAUAAUAAAUAUGAAAAGGUUCUAACACAAGAUGAAUUUUAUAAAAACAUAAGCUACUCUCUUUAUUUCUUAGUUUUUAUAAAUUUGCUUGUAGAUAUGUCAUUUAAACUGCUUUGCUGUGUUAAAAAAGUAAAUCCCAAUGAACUACUAAAGAGAGUAAUAAGUUAUAUACAAGAGGAAAAAAUGAUGCACGUAUUGAUAGAAACUUAUUCCUACUUGUACCAUAUUUAUGAAGUGUUGACCAAACGUACCCUAGAUGAAAAGAGAAAAAAAAAAGUAAUAAAAAUAAUUCGAAAAAGCAAAAGUUUUAAACUAGUAAGUAAAUAUAUAUUCAAAAUAAAUAAUUCUUGUUUUCAUCUCUUACUAUUUUUCCUUCCAUUAUCUGUUCCACCUUUUAAAAAUAAAACGAACAUUUCCGAGUAUCUUUUAAAUUACUUUUUGAAAAAUAUCAACAAAAUUAUUUUUAAAUAUAUAAAGGAUGAGAAUGGUAGUAAGGCAUUCCAUGUUGAACGUACACAUGCACAGGAUGGAAUAGUUCAUUUAAAGAAGUCUUAUCCUCGAAGGGAAAACAAUACUAAAGAAGAAGUGGUAUCUGAUGGAAAGAGGUUAACAAGUGAGGAUGGAGAAACACCUACACGUGUAAACUAUAACAAUGAUUCAUAUUUGAAAGAAAAGGGAAAAGGGACAAAAGAUUAUGAAAUAAAUAAAUGUAUUUUGAAAAGACAAGCAAAGAAUGAGUUGAACAAGACCGACAAAAGGUAUACGAACAAGUGGGAAAAAAUUGAGCAGCAACCUCUCCUUUGUAAGAAUAUAGGAAACCUGUUAAAUAAAAACAUCAAAGGAAUAAUUGACAAUAUUGUAAAGAACAAUAAAAAAAAUAUUUGCUUAUUGAAAAUAAAAAAAUUAGAGCAAUUAUUUCUAUAUUGUUUUCAGCAGAACAAUAAUGAAAAACCUACAAACAAUUUAAUAUCUGUUUUAACAGAUAUACAUAUUAAUGAAAAAAUUGAACAUAUCGAAAAUAUAUUAGAACUGUAUAUAAAAAAAAAUAUAUACUUUUAUCAUACCUUUUUUAAACGUAUUAUACCUAUUGUUAAUAGUAUAACCAAUAUUUUUGAAGAUUUAGAAACUCUAUUUUCGUUAUAUAUUAAUUAUAAAAUUAAAAAGAGGAAGAAAUUAUUUUAUUUUUAUGAUCCCUGGUUGAGUAACUAUGACACCUUUUUAUCCUUUACACAGUUGGAUGCAAUGAAAGUGGCAGAUGACCAUGUGCAUGCAACUUUGUUUCCUCACCAAAAGGGGCAGUGUGGAAAAAAAAAAAAAAAAAAAAAAAAAGGAUACAGCGGAAAAAUGCAGUUAGAGGUGGCACACGAGGGAGUGGAAUCGGGACAAACGGAAAAUGAAAAUGUAGAGAGGAAGGAGGGGAAGAAGGAGAAGGAGAAGGAGGAGGAGAAGGAGGAGGAGAAGGAGGAGGAGAAGGAGGAGGAGAAGGAGGAGGAGAAGGAGGAGGAGAAGAAGAAGGAGAAGAAGAAGGAGAAGGAUGAAGAUAAGGAUGUGAAUAUGGAUGUGGAUGCGGAUAAAGAUGACGAUGAACAUGUGAAUGAGAUGCUCUGUCAGAGUACCUGCGAAGCGGAAGACUUCAUAGGCGAUUUCAAAACAAUGGAUAAAAAUUUCGUUACAAACAAUAUAUUUCAUGAUAUAAAAAAUUUUUACGAUAUAAAAAAUAUUAGUCAUAUACUUUCAUAUGUAGCUAGCGAGAAGAAUACCUACAAAAGCGAACACAAAUAUAGGAGCAAUUUGAGUGAGAACAAAUUAAAGGAGUAUUAUUCGUAUAUUUUAAAACUGUGUUAUGAUGAGAGAUAUAUAAAAAUAAACACGAGAGCACUUAAGUGUCUCUUCUUUAAUUUGUACUACAGUUAG